GCCAGCGCCACACGGCCCGGCCGCCGAGCGCGACGACACACACCGAACAGGUGGCCGGAGGCUGCGGCGCCGCGCGGGCACAGGCGGGCGAGCCCGGGGCCAGGCCCGGCUAGGCGCGGCGAGGGCGGCAGGCCGGGCAUGCGAGCCGAUCGGGCGCCCGGCCGCGGCCCCUAGCCUCGCGCCCCGCGCCCCGCGCCGCGCGCCCCGCGUGCAGCCGCCUCGGCCCAGGGCGCUCCGGGCCCUCCGGCCGCGGUCACCGAGGGGCGCGGGCCGGCCCGCGGCGGCGGCGGCGGCGGCGGCAUGAAAGUGACCGUGUGCUUCGGCAGGACCCGGGUGGUCGUGCCGUGCGGGGACGGCCACAUGAAAGUUUUCAGCCUCAUCCAGCAAGCGGUGACCCGCUACCGGAAGGCCAUCGCCAAGGAUCCAAACUACUGGAUACAAGUGCAUCGACUGGAACAUGGAGAUGGAGGAAUUCUGGAUCUCGACGACAUCCUCUGUGAUGUGGCAGAUGACAAAGACAGACUGGUAGCCGUGUUUGAUGAGCAAGACCCCCAUCAUGGAGGUGAUGGCACCAGUGCCAGCUCCACAGGCACCCAGAGCCCAGAGAUAUUCGGCAGUGAGCUCGGCACCAACAAUGCCUCAGCCUUCCAGCCUUACCAAGCAACAAGUGAGAUCGAGGUCACCCCUUCAGUCCUUCGUGCGAAUAUGCCUCUUCACGUCCGACGGAGCAGUGACCCAGCGUUAAUUGGCCUUUCCACGUCUGUCAGUGAUAAUAACUUCUCCGAAGAGCCUUCAAGGAAAAACCCCACACGCUGGUCGACAACCGCUGGCUUCCUCAAGCAAAACAGUGCUGGCAGUCCUGCAGCCUGUGACAGGAAGAAAGAUGAAAACUACAGAAGCCUCCCACGGGACACUAGUAACUGGUCUAACCAAUUUCAGAGAGACAAUGCUCGCUCAUCUCUGAGUGCCAGUCACCCAAUGGUGGACAAGUGGCUGGAGAAGCAAGAACAGGAUGAGGACGUCGCAGAGGAAGACAGCAGCCGCGUGGAACCCGUGGGCCAUGCCGACACCGGUGUGGAGAACAUCCCCAACUUCUCUCUGGAUGAUAUGGUAAAGCUCGUACAAGUCCCCAACGAUGGAGGGCCCCUGGGAAUCCAUGUAGUGCCUUUCAGUGCUCGAGGCGGCAGAACCCUGGGGUUAUUAGUAAAACGACUGGAGAAAGGUGGUAAAGCUGAACAAGAAAACCUUUUUCAUGAGAAUGAUUGCAUUGUCAGGAUUAAUGAUGGUGACCUUCGAAAUAGAAGAUUUGAACAAGCACAACACAUGUUUCGCCAAGCCAUGCGGACAUCCAUCAUUUGGUUCCAUGUGGUUCCCGCAGCCAAUAAAGAGCAGUAUGAACAACUGUCCCAAAGCGAGAGGAACAAUUACUACUCGAGCCGCUUCAGCCCGGACAGCCAGCAUGUGGAUCACAGGGGUGUGACCAGCGCGGGGCCGCAGGCUCUGCCCAGGGCGUCCCGGCUGAACCCCCCACCUGAGCACGCGGACCCUCACCCCCGACUCCUACCUCAGAGCGCGCAGCCCUCGGGAAAGCCGCCUGCCGCUCCCGCCCUUGCAGCACACCAUGUGUUCAGUCCCAGCAGUGGUUACAACACCAAAAAAAUAGGCAAGAAGCUUAACAUCCAGCUCAAGAAAGGUACAGAAGGUUUGGGAUUCAGCAUCACUUCCAGGGAUGUAACAAUAGGUGGCUCAGCACCAAUUUAUGUGAAAAACAUCCUCCCAAGGGGUGCUGCCAUCCAAGAUGGCCGGCUGAAGGCUGGUGAUAGACUCAUAGAGGUUAAUGGAGUCGAUCUAGCAGGCAAAUCCCAGGAGGAAGUUGUUUCCUUGUUGAGAAGCACCAAGAUGGAAGGGACUGUGAGCCUUCUGGUCUUUCGCCAAGAAGAUGCCUUCCACCCAAGGGAACUGAAUGCAGAGCCAAGCCAGAUGCAGAUUCCAAAAGAAACGAAAGCAGAAGAUGAGGAUACCGUUCUCACACCCGACGGCACCCGGGAAUUUCUGACGUUUGAAGUUCCGCUGAAUGAUUCAGGAUCUGCCGGUCUUGGCGUCAGUGUCAAAGGUAACCGGUCGAAAGAGAACCACGCAGAUUUGGGAAUCUUCGUCAAGUCCAUUAUUAAUGGAGGAGCAGCAUCGAAGGAUGGGAGGCUUCGGGUGAAUGAUCAACUGAUAGCAGUGAAUGGAGAAUCCCUGUUGGGCAAGACAAACCAGGAUGCCAUGGAAACCCUCCGGAGGUCCAUGUCCACUGAAGGGAACAAGCGAGGAAUGAUCCAGCUCAUUGUGGCGAGGAGAAUAAGCAAAUGCACUGAGCUCAAGUCACCUGGGAGCCCCUCUGGACCCGAGCUGCCCAUUGAAACGGUGCUGGAUGAGAGAGAGCGAAGGAUUUCCCACUCCCUCUACAGCGGGCUCGAGGGUCUUGAUGAAUCACCCACAAGAAAUGCUGCGCUCAGUAGGAUAAUGGGUAAAUACCAGCUGUCCCCCACGGUGAAUAUGCCCCAGGAUGACACUGUCAUUAUUGAGGAUGACAGGUUGCCAGUGCUUCCACCACAUCUCUCUGACCAGUCAUCUUCCAGCUCCCAUGAUGAUGUAGGAUUUGUGACGACAGAUGCUGGCACAUGGGCCAAGGUUGGCAUCAGCGACUCUGCAGACUGCUCUUUGAGUCCAGACGUCGAUCCAGUUCUUGCUUUUCAACGAGAAGGAUUUGGACGUCAGAGUAUGUCAGAAAAACGCACAAAGCAAUUUUCAGAUGCCAGUCAAUUGGAUUUCGUUAAAACGCGAAAAUCAAAAAGCAUGGAUUUAGGUAUAGCUGACGAGACUAAACUCAAUACAGUGGAUGACCAGAAAGCAGGUUCCCCCAGCAGAGAUGUGGGGCCUUCCCUGGGUCUGAAGAAGUCGAGCUCUUUAGAGAGUCUGCAGACAGCAGUUGCCGAGGUGACUUUGAAUGGGGACAUUCCUUUCCAUCGCCCUAGGCCACGGAUAAUCCGAGGCAGGGGAUGCAAUGAGAGCUUCAGAGCUGCCAUUGACAAGUCCUAUGAUAAACCUGCAGUGGAUGAUGACGACGAAGGCAUGGAGACAUUGGAAGAAGACACGGAAGAAAGUUCGAGAUCAGGAAGGGAAUCUGUAUCCACAGCCAGCGACCAGCCUUCCCACUCUCUGGAGAGACAGAUGAAUGGAAACCAAGACAGAGGCGAGAAGCCCGAUCGGAGGAAAGAGAAAAUAGGCAAAGAAAAGAAGAAAGACAGAGACAAGGAGAAGGAGAAGAUGAAAGCCAAGAAGGGGAAGCUGAGGGGCUUGGGAGACAUGUUCAGGUUUGGCAAACAUCGAAAAGAUGACAAGAUUGAGAAAACGGGUAAAAUAAAAAUACAGGACUCCCUUACGUCAGAAGAGGAGAGAGUACGGAUGAAGCAGGAGCGGGAAAGGAUUCAAGCCAAAACUCGAGAAUUUAGGGAGCGACAGGCUCGGGAACGUGACUAUGCUGAAAUCCAAGAUUUUCAUCGGACAUUUGGCUGUGAUGAUGAGCUGUUGUACGGGGGAAUUUCUUCCUAUGAAGGUUCCAUGGCUCUCAGCACCAGACCUCAGAGCCCAAGAGAAGGGCAUAUGAUGGAUGCUUUGUAUGCCCAAGUGAAGAAGCCGCGGAAUUCCAAACCUUUACCUGCAGACAGUCUCGCACAAAUCAUGAACAUGGUGGUGGAUGCUCCAUGGCAGAUUCAUUUCAGUUUGCCUCACAACAACAGAUCAACUCCUAGCAACCAUGAUCGGAUACAGCGUCUCCGGCAAGAAUUUCAGCAAGCGAAACAGGAUGAAGACGUGGAGGAUCGGCGACGUACCUAUAGCUUUGAACAACCCUGGCCCAACUCCAGGCCGGCAGCGCAGAGCGGGCGGCACUCGGUGUCGGUGGAGGUGCAGAUGCAGCGGCAGCGGCAGGAGGAGCGCGAGAGCUUCCAGCAGGCCCAGCGCCAGUACAGCUCGCUGCCCCGGCAAAGCAGGAAGAACGCCAGCUCUGUCUCCCAGGAUUCUUGGGAACAGAACUACCCUCCCGGGGAAGGCUUCCAGAGUGCCAAGGAGAACCCCAGGUACUCGAGCUACCAAGGUUCCCGAAACGGCUAUCUGGGCGGGCACGGCUUCAACGCCAGGGUCAUGCUGGAGACCCAGGAGCUGCUCCGCCAGGAGCAGAGGCGAAAGGAGCAGCAGAUGAAGAAGCAACCUCCGGCCCCCGAGGGGCUCAACAACUAUGAUUCAUAUAAGAAAGUCCAGGACCCCAGUCACAUCCCCGCCAAGGGGCCAUUCCGGCAGGACGUGCCCCCCUCGCCGUCUCAGGUCGCCAGGCUGAACAGACUCCAGACCCCCGAGAAAGGGAGGCCCUUCUAUUCCUGAGCAGGAGCAGAGCGGACGCUUCGUGUCAUGCAAUAAAGGACACUUUCCUACGAAGACUUGUAUUCGGGAGUUUUUUUUUUUAACACCCUGGUGGUACUAUGGAGUAUUUCUGUUGCUGGUAUCAGUGCCUUUAAGCAGUGUGGGCAGUUUGAUGGAAGGCCUUAAUGUCUUUGCCACUGUGUCUCACUUGUCUAUUUCAUGGAAGAAUUUCCCGCCAUGUGACAAUCACCUGUUCAAGGCAUCCUACGCUCCUCAUCUCUUGGGCGCUGGGAACCUGGCCCAGCCUUGGAGACCCCGUGGCUUUGUGUUACCGCCCUGUGCAGCUUGUGGCAACAGAUCAUCCUGAAGUCACAGGUGAUGCUGAUCCCUCUUUUUUUUUUCCCCUUUGAGCUUCUCAGAUGAGGUGACAUCUCCACCUCUGGUGGAUGAAAGUGGGUGACAUACACCAGAAAUCGGGGCUCUGUGGUACUUCCCCGCACAGUCAUUUUUAACCCUUUGUGACCAGUAUGGUUUCCCUUUUCUUUCUCAGCUCCUUGUAACAGGAAUUUCCUUCAUCUAAAAGAAGCUAAGCCAUAUUCCAACACUGUCUGGUUAUCAGGGGGGUCCUUUUGUAACGGCCUUAUAACUCAGUGUUACCAGUGAUGUGAUCAUUCUGUCUGCAUUUAUAAAUACCCUCGUGUAGUCAGUCCUGUUCCCUCAUGCAUGUGUUGAGUCAUCACAGCUCUGCGGGGAGAACACGGGAGACGGGCAUCAGCCCCGGUGGGGCAGGGGGCCGCUCGCCUACCGGCCCGGUGUGUGUCACGACGUGGAGGGGCGAUAGCUGGAGGAAGAAUUCUCCCAGGAUGAGCGUCUGGCCCAGUACCUUCCAGUCAUCCUUUUAAUUAGUUUUUAUUUGAUGAGUUGGCAAGAAGGGCAUAGCAUGGGACAAAGAUCAGGCAGACACUCAUUUUGGGAUUCCAAAAUCUCACCUGCUAUCUCCGGCUUUUAAAGUCGAUUGGAAUCGAUGUUUGUCUCUUCAUCCACCUGCUCUCCCCCUGCCUGGUGAUGCCAUCAGGCUUCUAGAGAGUUCUACCAUGAAACAGAAAAGGCAAAUAAGAGGAGAGUCGUCCCACAUCCCCCAGGACGUUCUGGUGUCCCCAAACAGUGACAACGAAAGAUCGCCCUUGUGUCACUACAUUAACAUACGUGUGGGUCAUGAGGACCUGGGUUGCUCCCGUCUUUCCAUCUUCUCAUCUGUUGGUCUGAACAUCCUGUUGUAAACCAUGGCUGGAUUGCUAAAGUGCCUGCGAAUCCCGACGUGAAAAAAGCUUGAGAUGAAAGCUCAGCAUAUCGUGUGUUAACAAAAAGAAAAAAAAAAAGACGUACUGAUAUGCCUAUUUUUUUUUUACUGGCACAUUGUAUUUUUGUGUCCACUUGUUUUUAGAAAAUAUGUGAGGGGUCCGUCCCUGUACCUGCGUCUCUUUUUUGCAUCUCUGUGUAAUGGUUCUGUUUGUUCACGGAGCGUGGCGAUGAUGAAAUGAUGUGACCGGUGCAAGCGUGGUGACCUCUGAUGACAGCGGCUCUUCCUCACAGCCUCCCCUGUGCUGUGAGGAACAGCUUUCCUGUACAUACGAGACUUCUAAUAAAAGGCAUAUUUCUUCCUGUU